AGAAGCUUGCUCUGCUUUUCGGUCGCAAGGCUCCCGAAUCGUCCCAAGGGAAGAAGAUGGCCGGCGGCGAUAGCAGCGUCCGGCGGCCCCUGUUCGGCGGCGCCAUCUCCACCGCCUUCCCCGCCCGCUUCCAGGACGUGAGCAACAUCCGCGAGGUCCCCGACCACCAGGAAGUUCUCGUCGACCCCGCUCGCGACGAGAGCCUCAUCGUCGAGCUGCUCGACCUCAAGGCCGAGGUGGACGACGCCGGCAGCGCGCUCUGGUUCCUGCGCGACGUCGCCAGCGAGCAAGAUGCGGGGGAUAACCUGGUGAUCGAGCACUCUGGUACAGUCGAGCUAGCUGGUCUGCGCUUGGGGGAAGCGCCUGCAGUGGCUGGAACUGCAAUUGCUAGGCUGGCUGUUUCUAAAGGGAGACAAGGCAGAGAAGCACAGAACAUUGUCCGACUCUACUUGGCAAACAUACGUCUCAAGAAUGCAGCAACUGAUGUAGUUAUCACCGCAUAUGAGCCGCUGUUGAUAAACCCUUUGAGUGAAAGCGCCCAGGCAGUUGCAGCUGGGCCAGCAGUACCUGCGGAACAAGCAGGGUGCUUGCCAAUGUCUGAGGUCUUCAGACUUGCAGUGAUGAACUUCAAUAUCCAUGAUUGGAACCUUUUCAAUGGCAGCGCUUGAAACAGAGAGGGUAGCAUCUUAGAGCUAUAGUGAUUCUAGAAGAAGUUAUGCCAGGAAUGCAUCUUCCUUGAGCGGAAACAGUAUCUGAAUUUUCUUGUAGAUCAGCAGCAGCAAAUUGUUUUUUUGUUGAAGGUGUUAUCAUUUAGCUUAUGUAGUGUCUUCCAAAGAACCCUGGUUGCAGUUCAAUAUAUCAUGUUAGCUUCUAGCAUUCACUCGAA